GACGUAUAAUCUAGUGGACGGAACGUUUCUUUCAGCAGCAGCAACUGUUAGUCCGCUACCUCGGUAGCUUGCUAGCCAAAAUAGCCGAACCCAUAAAGCUCUUUAGACGCUUUAGUGUAUAUUAGCCACUGUAUUUUAAACCCUUGUCUGUCGUCUAGUUAGUUAGUUAUCCUAUUUAAUUUCAUAUUUACGGUGUUGUUAUUAUUUUGCUAGCGGGCUGGUUAAGUUAGCAUUAGCCUAGCUAGCUAACAUCUCCGACCAUGAGUUCACUAAAUUACUCUCUUCCUGCUGAAGAAGAGACGGUCUGUUGGACGGAGAAAGAAGCUCUCAUCAAAGAGGAGGAGGAAGAGAAGGAUGUUACAAUACAAAAACAAGUAGAGGGUGAGGUUGUUACCCUGAAAGAAGAAGAUAAAGACGUUUCGGUGAAAGAAGAGGAAGACGUUACAGUGAAAGAAGAGGCGUUCAGAGUGAAAGAGGAGGAGGGUGUUACAGUAAAAGAUGAGGAGGAUUCAGUUUUUGAAGUGAAAGCGGAGGAUGGGGAGUUUACGGUCUCAUCGGAAGAAGAGGAGGAAGAAACUGGAUAUCUGGGCCCGAUUUCCCAAACGCAAUUUAAGGCAUCCAGUGGUUCUAAAGAUGAACUUAGCCAUAAGAUGGUUUUGAGAAACCGGGCCGUGAUUACCACUGGAGAGAGGCGUGACUGUCCUGGAUCCUCUGGGGAGCCUCAACAACCUCAUGAUGCUAAAAAGGCAGAGAAGAGUCUCUCCAGAUCAGAACUCCUCAAUAAACACCUGCAGAGAUCCACAGGGAAGAGAACUCACUGCUGCUCUGACUGUGGGAAGAGAUUCACCUCAUCAGGCAUUAAAAUUCAUCAGAGAACACACACAGGAGAGAAGGUUUAUAGUUGUGGUCAAUGUGGGAAGAGUUUUAGUCAAUCUGGAGAUCUGACAGUGCACCAGAGAAUACACACAGGAGAGAAACCUUAUAGUUGUGGUCAAUGCGGGAAGAGUUUUAGGCAAUCUUGCCAUUUGACUCAACAUCUGAGAAUACACACAGGAGAGAAACCUUAUAGCUGUGAUCAAUGUGGGAAGAGUUUUAGUCGAUCUGGAGAUCUGACAGUGCACCAGAGAACACACACAGGAGAGAAAUCUUAUAGCUGUGUUCAAUGUGGGAAGAGUUUUACUACAUCUGGCUCUUUGACUCUACACCAGAGAAUACACACAGGAGAGAAAUCUUAUAGCUGUGGUCAAUGUGGGAAGAGUUUUACUACAUCUGGCUCUUUGACUCUACACCAGAGAACACACACAGGAGAGAAACCUUAUAGCUGUGGUCAAUGUGGGAAGUGUUUUACUACAUCUAACCAUCUGACUCAACACCAGAGAACCCACACAGGAGAGAAACCAUGUAGCUGUGAUCAAUGUGGGAAGAGUUUUAUUCAAUCUGGCUAUCUGACUGUACACCAGAGAACACACACAGGAGAGAAACCUUACAGCUGUGAUCAAUGUGGGAAGUGUUUUUCUACAUCUAACCAUCUGACUCGACACCAGAGAACACACACAGGAGAGAGAACUUAUACCUGUGGUCAAUGUGGGAAGAGUUUUAUUCAAUCUGGCCAUCUGACUGUACACCAGAGAAUACACACGGGAGAGAAACCUCAUAGCUGUGAUCAAUGUGGGAAGAGAUACACUGAUAAAAGAUAUCUGAUCAAACAUCAGAAAAUACAUGGAGUUGUUUCAUGAUAUCAAUGAAUUAAUGUCACAAUGUAGAUGUUCUCUCAAUGUUCUCUUUUAACAUUUUAGUAGGAGUAUUUUAAUGAUGUCACAAUGUAGAAUGUUUAAACAUUGUAGUAGGAGUAUUUUAAUGUCUCAAUGUAGAACCCUAAAUGUUUGUCCCCUGUUCUAUUGAUUUCAACAUGAUAUGGAUAUUAGCCUCAGGGGGAAAAUCCAGGCUCUGAAUUGGAAGAGUAGUAUUUAUGUGAUUUAACAAAAAGGGACUAACACAAAAAGAGCUGUGUUACACUUACCAUGUUGGUGACCCACUUGAAUCAAAAUGCAACACUUCAAAAUGUAGCUAGCUGUUUUCUACAAGUUGUUCUCUAACCAGGGAUGUACACAUUACUCCCAGAUUCUGUGUGAUUUUUGAGCUGUUAGUUUUAACAGGACGUGCAACCUCAUCUCCCUCUUCUUGGCACAAUUGAUUUUAACAUGAUAUCGUUGAGUGAUGAUAGAAUGUAGCUGACUGUCUUCUGCAGGUUGUCCUCUAACCAGUGAGCUAAAAGAUAUCUCCCAUUUCCAUGUUUUUUAGUUGUGUUAGUUUCAACAGCACGACCAACCUAAUUUCCCCCUUAAUCGAUAUCAGUGAUUUAUUGCUAUUUGUCAAAACAACAGCGUUUUUGGUGCUUGUGCAGUUUAUAAGGAGCUUGUUUUAAAAAAUACAAUUAUCGUGGCAGAUGUUUGUGUAUAUACCACAUGUUAGGUUUUCAAUUUAUCCCAAACUGUUUCUGCAUAUUGGUUAUUGAUUUGGAUACUUUCUAAUUGUGUUUUGACAUUGGGCUAUCCCACUUAGCAAAAUGUAAUUGAAAAGCCGACUAUGCAGUCAAAUAUUUCAUAUUUACAUUUCAUGUAACAUUUAGUAAUUAUAUGAUAUUUAUUCAUGCAACCAACUGACAACUUUUGGGUACAAUUAUAUUGACAUUGCUGCCCUGUUUUUAGAAUAUCAGGGUUAAUUCUCUCAUGUACCAACCCAAAUGUACUAGAGCAUGACAUUGGGGACUGGGCCCCGAUCCAACAACAUGCCUAUCUAGUGAACCCUGAAAACUGAGAGAAGCUCUGCAGUGAGGUGUAAAGUUACUAGGGAUAUUGCAGGAGUUUCCUUUUGAAAUUAGACAUGUCCGUGGUGAGAACAACCUGGUUGCUGAUUGUCUCAAGGGGGGCAGGCAAAAUGUUUUGUGUUUUACAUUUAGCCAGUGCAUUGCCAUGGAUCACAGUUUAUUUUUACUGCACCUUUUUCCGUAUUGGAGAUGAGUUUUGUUUGGGCUCGUUCCAAGGGGACGAGAGUUCUCGAAGCUAGUGAGUUUUAGGAAGACGAGAGUUCUAGAAGUGAGUGAGUUUUAGGAAGACAAGAGUUCUAGAAGCUAUAGAAAGAAAAAUCUUUGUGGGAAUAAUAAAAAAUAAAUCUUGUUUUUAAUUGUUGUUUGCCAGUAGACAGACACCAUGUUUAUAUUGGUGACGGUGAAGCAUUGUAGUUGAUUAUAUUUUGAAAUGGAAGUUGUUUUCUGUUGUUGGUGAGCAAACUCUUAAGGUGUUAGUUAGUCUUUGGUUUUUCCAUUUAUGUUUUGAGGUUGGUCUUCAGCACGUAUAGCUCGUCAGCACGUAGGACGCACUGAUUGGUGUCACCUCGUUAGUCAGUAUGUGUUACACCUGUGCUGGCUUGUCCAUCUCGGUAGUGGGAAGGUAUUUCACCUGAGCUGGUCCAGGUUCUAUUUAAGAGUGUCUGGCCCAGUGAUCCAGUUGUCUUGAUAGAUGUGGAGAGUCAACACCUUUAGUUGCUCCACCUUUUUGGUUUGCUUCCUGUCUUUAAGUUUGGUGUGGGUUUUUCUUUUGUUUGCCUCUUCUUGGGCAGAUUUAGUGGGUCUCAUGGUGGGUGUCUUUUAGGUCCCAGUUGUUGUUACUAGUCAACGUUCAGUGGACACCCCCAUAAUGUCUUUGAGAACCCCUCCUAAAAAACAAGCUUAUAUUUUAGGUUGGAUAUUUCAUCCAAUUAGUGUUUUAAUCAAUGGCAUUUCCUUAGAAUGCUCAUUAGUCUUUCAGUUGUUAAUCUUCUGUUUUUUUAUCCUGUUAUUUUUGUGUACUAAAUAUUUCUGGUUGUUUUCAUUGUUUUCUCCUGUGAAGCCAUUGUGUUGCAUCCAUGUCUGAAAUGUGCUGUAUAAAUAAAGCUUGAUUUGAUUUCAACAAAUGAA